GUCGCCCGUCAGCGUCAGUCGUAAUUUAUUCAUGUCUGAUGAUUCAUAUCCACAGUUUAGUUUAGAGGCAAACUCAAAGGUUCACUGUAGCGCAAAAAUUUUGCUCCGACAUUUCAGACAUUUUCCUCUGCUGGCGAACAAGCAACGAUGUCACAGCGUUUCUUUGAAGGAACUGAGCACGCAACUCUUUACGCAAAAUCCCGACCCAAUGCGCCUCCCGGACUUGCGGACAAGAUCGUCUGUUUCUUGAAGGAAAAGUAUCGAGGAGACUUGGAGUUGUGUUUGGAUGUGGGGUGCGGAAACGGCCAGUGCAGUGGCCUCUUUUCCACCUCGUUUCGCAAAGUGUUGGCCACGGACAUUAGUUCGUCGCAGAUUGAAGUGGCCAAAACGCUCAAUCAUCCAACUAACGUCGAAUUUCAGGUCAGUCCAGCCGAGAUAAGCCCAGCUGGAAAUGAGUCUGCUCAAGUUGUAGUGGCUUGUGUGGCGGCCCAUUGGUUCGACUUACCUGCAUUUCUCAAAGAAGCCGACAGAGUUCUGUGUCAGAACGGAGUCGUGGCUUUGGCGAGUUACUUUCUGCCAAUUGCGGUUCAUCCCACAAAAUCCGACCAACUCAACGACGCAAUCAGACACUUUUAUUUUGAAAGUCUCGGUCCAUAUUGGGGUAGCGGUGUCCGCCACUUGGAAAACGAAUACGGCAACUUUACAAUUCCUUACGCGGAAGCUGUGCGAGAUGAAGUUUGGACCGAUGACGAGCCUUACACUUUAGCCAAAGUGGCUGCCGAUUUGGAAUCAUGGUCGGGUUUCCAAAAUUUGUGUCGAGAUAAAGGAGAAGCUGCCGGGCGAGAAGUACUUCAAGAAUUCAUUGCAAAGUGUUUGAAAUCCUUGGGAACCACAGACGAACCAGACAGAGUGGAAUUCAAAUUGAAGCGGAAAUAUUUUCUCUUGAUGGGACGCAAAGCCUGAAACGUCCAAGAACAUCUUGUUGUUGUUGCCUGUGUUAUUGUGGACAGUAUCAGACGGACUCACGACAUGAAAAAAAAUAAAAAAUGUAUUUUACCGUCUUUGCAAUACAAGGGAUCAAUUCAACUCUCAA